AUGGCACCUCCAACAGACCGCAAGCAGAUUCUCGAAAGCUUCCGUAAGCAGAUAGACGCUGGGAAGCCUAUCGUCGGAGCCGGGGCUGGCAUCGGCUUGUCUGCCAAAUCAAUUGAAGCAGGCGGCGGCGACUUGAUAAUCAUCUAUAACAGUGGACGCUUCCGAAUGGCUGGCCGAGGUUCCCUGGCUGGACUCAUGCCUUUCAGCAAUGCCAAUGAUGUCGUCGUCGAUAUGGCGAAGGAAGUGCUACCCAUCGUCGAGCACACUCCCGUCAUAGCUGGUGUUUGUGGUACCGACCCUUUCAAGGACAUGCCCCGGUUUUUGAAGCAGCUUCGUGAUCUUGGAUUCGCCGGUAUUCAGAACUUCCCUACUGUUGGUCUGAUUGAUGGCCAGUUUCGUGCGAAUCUCGAGGAGACUGGCAUGGGCUAUGACAAGGAAGUCGAGAUGGUACGACUCGCUGCAGAGAUGGAUAUUCUGACAACCCCGUAUGUUUUCAAUGUCGAAGAAGCUAAAGCCAUGGCCGGCGCCGGAGCGGAUGUGGUCGUCGCACACAUGGGCCUUACCACCAGCGGUACGAUUGGCGCACAAACUGGCAAGUCUUUGGAAGACUGUGUCAAAGACGUACAAGCCAUCAGAGAUGCUGCGACAGAAGUCAAAAAGGAUGUCAUAGUGCUAUGCCAUGGCGGGCCGAUCGCGAAACCCGAAGAUGCAAAGUUCGUGCUUGGAAGAGUAAAAGGCCUGCACGGCUUCUUUGGAGCCAGCUCGAUGGAACGCCUACCAGUCGAAGAUGCUAUCAAGGGCGUCACUGAGCAGUUCAAGGACAUCGCCGUGCAAAAAGCAUAA